UAUCAGAACAGUGAAUACAGUACACUAUAUAGUAAAUAGAGACACAGAUAUAGUACAUUCUCCCUCCCAAAGCAACAAGAACAAAAAAUAAAUCCAAAAAUUCUAUACAAAUACUCCAUGAAUGAGUUAAGUUCUUGUCUUUUCCUUUAACAAUGUUUCCAACUCUCCAAAGCUGCAUCCACAUUCCUAUAGAUGGUUAUGUCCAUAUUCUUCCAGCAGAGCGGAAUCAUCCUCCUGGCCUGCAGAAGUUGCAAAACAGUUGUCCUCUGUCGAUGUGGCACGGGGAUGUUGUCUUUAGUUCAGUCUUCCACACCAACUUUAUCUUAAGCUGAGGAGAAAGAGCUGGUGUUUGAAAUUGUUUUGUUUUUUUCCAGUGGAGUCCCUGCCAAGUAAAAAAUGCUAACUCCCUGUUGUUAGAUUUAUGUUGUUGAGUCUCUCUAACUAAAAUAGUGCAUUUAAGUAAUUCUUUUUACCCUAAGUAUGAUGGGAUAUUACUGUUUAAGUAUCUUACCAUGCCUGUUUAGACGUACCUGCCUUGUAGUGGCUGCUUUCUUGCAAUAGUUGUCUGCAUAGUAACCAGUGAUGGAGACAGUCUGUUGGCUAAUGAAAGUGAUUGUCUGCUGCCCUCUAGUGGUUGCAUUAGUAAAAUGCCAUGUGGUGUUGCAAUCAGUUGUUACACAUUAGGGGAGAAAUUCUUGGGGAAACUGAAACUUCACAUCUGUAGUAAUAGUGACGCCAUGCAGAUGAUUCAUUCAGCUUUUGUAAUGUAAGAAAUACACUGUGUGUGCUUGUACUGUAUAUGUGUGUGUGUGUGUGUGUGUGUGUGUGUGAUAAUGUUCAGUCAAUAUUUGAGCACGCAAACAACCCUUUACUUAAUGUAGAUCCAUAAUAAUAACUGUGAUGUUAUUACAAGUUUCAUCCUAAACUUUUGCACAGCAUGAAGCCAAAAAAAUAUGCUUGCUUAUAUGCAUUUAUAAAACAUAUCAAAGGAACAAUUCAACCCAAAAUCAAAAAUACAUAUCUGUCUUCUUACCUAUAAUAUAUUUAUCAGUCUAGAUUAUUUUGGUGAGAGAUAUCAUCCAUAAAGAUGUCCUGCCUUCUCUUGGUUAUAUUUGACCUAGAUGGCUCUUUCCAGAAAUCAUGAACUCAAGAUAUCCCAGAGACCUUGUUGCAAGUGGUUUAAUGUUGGACUGUUUUCUUUCUACCAAACUACACCAGCCAACCGUCUACUCAUGGAUGAGAGGGGCGAGAUAUAAAUAUGAAUGGCUUCCUCUUCAGCUGAGCUGUUAUAUUAGGUAGUUCAUUGGUAUUAGGAUGUGGUAGCUGUAAAUAUACACUUCCCCUUGGUCUGUGGAUAGUGACCGGGUCAUGAUGCUGUUGGGUUUUUCCAAAUCUGUUUUUUUUUUUUUGUUUUUGUUUUUUUUGGAGCACAACAAGCCAAGUGCCACCUAGUAUCAUUAUAAUGAAGAGAAGGUAGACAUCUCUACGGCCGAUUUCCCCAACACUUUGCAACUCACACCAAAACAAUCUAGAUAGAUUUUGGGGUGAACUGUUUGUUUAAGUUUUACAAUGACCAAAAAGUGUAUCAGCAUGUUUAAAGUCGGUUUUAUUGCCCAUAAAUGUAUAGAUAUGUUAGUUUAACAUUAACUUUUACAUCAGAACAUCUAUGGUAGUUUUAAGGUAGGGAGGUAACAUGACCACUGUGUCACUGUUUUAAAAUAAGAAUGUUUUUAAAUUUGAGAUAGAAUCUUACAGUAUCUCUGAAUAUGAAACUCUCCAGACUCACUGCACCUUGUUAAGGAAGUGAAAAAACGGAAGAAGCAUAUGACUCACACAGCAGGUGAACUGUAUUUGCGUGUGUUUGUGUGUGUGUGUGUGUGCGUGCGCAGUAUUUUUUGAGAACAGAGAGCAAAAGUGUAUUAAAAGUGCUCCUACGUAAAAUAGAAGAGGCUUUGUGUUAUCUGUUUUCGGUGCCAGGGUCUGUGCCUGCCAUGUCUCACAAUAAACACUAACACUUCCUUCUUUUUAUUUCUUAAAUUUUUCUUUAUAAUUCUUACAUUUUUGUCCUGCAUAAUCUACUAUCUGAAAAUGACUAAUAAAAAACUUCCAUGGGCAAGUGUAAUCGCAGACAUGUUGCACGACAUGACACCACUGUGCUGCAGUUUCUCACUUCUUCAACUGUUUCAGGAAGUGGGGCAGUGUUACCAAAAUCAGGAAACUAAGCGUUGCUAUUAAUACAACUGAGCAAAGGGCUAUAGCUGAACGCAGAUAGUCUCAGUUGAAGAGCAAAGGAGCUUGAGUAAAGGACAUAUUUGGACAAAGGAUGCUUCUUGUGGGGUGAUUUUGUGCACUUUUGAGGCUUCACAACCAUGGAAGAACCCGUGUCAAGGAUUAAAUCAGGAAAAUCUGAUUCACUUUCAGCACCUGAGCUGUUAAUUCUGCACACGACUGAGGCACAGGAAUGGGCGACAUAUUUGCAGCAGAUCUUGAAAUCCUCCAGAAAAUUCCGCAAAAGGUCUAUUUUGCUGUACGCAGUCGACCCAGCUGAUCAGCACCACGGAUACGACUUUGAAUGUUUCCAAAGCUGCAAGUGCGUUGUGCUGCUCAUCACAGGAGCACUCCUGGACAUGCUGUAUGACCAUGAGCUGGAGGGAGCACUUCACAGACUCCUUUAUCCUCCACAUAGAGUGGUGGCGCUGCUGUGUGGUGUGCCAGAGGAUGAAGUACCGGUGGACUGCUUCGAAGACUGGCCCAGCUGGAGAAAACUCUAUGCUGAGGACGAGCCAGCUCUUUACAUCUCUACCAUUCUGGAGUCCAUCGCUGACAGCAGACAAGUUGAAGCUAAACGUGAGAGUGAAGCUGUAGCAGCAGCAGCAGAGUUUCAGGUCACAGCAGCCUCUCCAACUGAAAAUCCAACCACUGAUAAUACAGAGGAAGUGGAGUCAGAACAGCAACAAGAAACUGUCCUGAAGGGUGAAGAGGCAGUGAGCACAGGGAAUUCAACGAUUGGGGAACUUAGUUCACCCACACAGCUCACCUGUCUUACCGUUCAACCAAACAGAGUUCUGUGCGGGGAUCGUGAGAAACUUUUUAUCAUUUUCACGCAUAAAGUAGAUGAUGGGUCAGUACCUCAGGUGGAGUUUUCACCUGAAAAUGGAGCUGCAAAAAGGGUCCCAGGGACAGUGGAGAAUGAAUACACUAUAAGUGUUGCUGCACCGGAUAUGCCUGCUGGAGUGGUUUCACUCACCAUGUACACUGACCAGUCCUGUGUCAGCCUGAGUCCUGUUACAUAUUAUACAAAUAUGCAAGAAGUCAGUCGCUGUCUUGAAAAUGCUACUGAUCCCGUUAACUUCAUCUGCCAGGCCUUCAACUUGACAUCCAGUGCAAAAGAAUCUCUGGACAAAAUGUUAACUGACUCGCUAAAAUCCAGGAUGCCUGCCACUAGCCUUCAGCUGUUUGGAAUCAGACAGAUUGAAGAAGACAAUAUGGCGACAUAUCAGCGUAACGAGGAGCUUCCCACACUGCUUCACUUUGCUGCUAAGUACGGCCUGAAGAAGCUGACCACCAUUCUCCUUCAGUGUCCCGGGGCUCUGCAGGCUUACAGCGUGAUGAACAAGUCUGGAGACUACCCAAACACGCUCGCGGAGAAGAGUGGCUUCACUGACCUCAGACAGUUCAUGGAUGAAUUUGUUGAGACAGCAGACAUGCUCAAGUGUCACAUUGAGGACUCAAUCAACACAGAGGAGGGAGGAGAAGUGUAUGAGUCGAUGUCAGCUGCCUCUCAAGAUAUCAUGAUGAAGUACUCAGGUUGCUCAGAGGACAUAUAUGAGUCAAUGCUUGGGAUUAAUCCAGAAUGUGCAGAGGACCUAUAUGAGGUGAUGACUGCAGUAGAUGAGAACCCAGAGGAAGCUAUGCUUAGGAAGUUCUUCCAAGCAAAACCACAUGCCAGUGUAAACGAGGGCAACAGUGAGUACCUUAAAAAUGAGGAAGAGGAAAAAGACAGUCAUAAUGACUUAGAUCAAAUUGAAGAAGAGGAGGAUCCAUACGAUAUCUUCCCAGAGGAUAUCUAUGAUACUGUGGAUGCAAAUGGAACCUAUAACCCAAGAAUCCUGAACCGUCCACCAGCCCCCAUCCCCAGACCUGAGCCUGAGUCUGAACCUGAAAAGCCUAUGACCUACAUCUCUAGAGUAUUUUCAGAUAAAGGUACGUCGCAGAAUAAAACAAUGGAAAUGGGAUAUCCUGCAGCUCGGCCUGCGGUGGAUGCCCCCUCUUCUGUUUAUGACCCAUAUGCUGGGAUGAAGACACCUGGACAGAGGCAGCUCAUAUCUCUGCAGGAGAGGGUGAAAGUGGGGGAAAUUACUGUGGAUGAGGCCGUCCAGGAGUUCAAGGCCUGGCAAUUUGACCAUGAACGGAGGUCUAGCUCCAUACGCUAUCAGCAGGAAAAUCUGAAGAAAUUACGAGACAGCAUCACCAGACGUCACAAAGAGAGAGAAAAGUCCGGAAAGGACCUUGAUUACGAGAUAUCUGCUCCGCUGCAGAGGAGCUUGGGCUGGGGUGUGACAUUAGAGUGUGCUGUGUAUGAGCCAGCACCCAGAAUGGUGGCACCACCUCCUCCAGCGACUCAGGUUAUCCAGAGAGGCAGCUGGAAAACAGGCAGCACGUCCAGCACAUCCAGUACUGAGAGCAACAGACUCAGCACUCACAGCACCUUUAGCUACAGCAGUGGGACAGAGCCUGACUUUGAGGACACAAUAGAAAAUCUUCCUCCUCCACCACGACCUCCGCGGCCCUCCGAUGCUCCCCCCAUUACUUCUCCACCUAGAAUUCCUCCACGGAUCCCAGAAAGGGUGCCAGAGAAGAUGCAUGAGCGCUACAUAUCCUGCCCGACGCGAGCACUUCCUCAAAGACCCACUCAGAGACACACAGACGCAGCACCUCCUGUACCUCGCCGCCUGCGGUGAUUGACACAUCGGCUUCUGCUGAAUUUAGAUUAUAAAGUUAUAAGCAUUUUAAUAGAGAUGGAGGAGUUAGGAAGACAGUGUAAACAAACAGGAUUUUGACAAGAUGAAUACUCACACAGAGACAGUUUUUUUUAUUUUGUUUGUUAAUCUUUUAUUGAUUUAUGUAUCAUUGUGUGUGUGUGUGUGGGGGGGGGUCUGUGAUAUUCAGUGUUUAUGCUGUCAUAUGUUUUAUUGUAAAAAUGUGUGAUGUUUUUCACCUGUAAUAUUUCUGUAACAUUUAGAUUUUAUUGUCAUUGUCGUUAAGUAUCCUAACAAGACUUCUUGUACUAUAGGUUUAGAGUACUUUAGUUCUGUUUGUUAUAGGUUUUAAGUGUCAUGUGUUGAAAUAUUGAAAAUGUAUUAUUAUUUGUUACUAUGUUAUUAGAAAUCCUUCCUUUUAUUUUGUAUGUUCAUACUUAAUUGUGGGUUGUUUUGCUAUUGUAUUGUACUUAUUUUACCUCAGAUGAUGUCACCAUUAUACUUUUUGAAGGGCUUACAGUUUGGAGGCAGUAUUUGUAUAUCUUUUUUAAUAGCAAAGAAUUCAUUAAUGGAUGAUCAAAUGAAUGAAUGAAAGCCGUUAGAACGUCAGAUUUGUUGUACAUCAGAUUUUAUGUAGCUUAUUCUUUUCAUAAUGAAAUAUAAACAUAGUUUAUUUGUUUGAA